CUGUCAGGUCAGCUCUGGGUGACGUUUGACAAAUGCCAGUUGCGAGGAGCCAGCCGGGCAUUCCCUCUCCUCCCAGCUGCAUUGUGGGUACGAGGAGAAGGAUGCAAAGAUGGCUGAAAAGCAGAAGCACGAUGGCCGGGUGAAGAUCGGACACUACGUCCUGGGGGACACCCUGGGGGUCGGCACCUUCGGCAAAGUGAAAAUGGGGGAACAUCAGCUGACCGGACAUAAGGUGGCUGUGAAAAUCUUAAACAGACAGAAGAUUCGGAACUUGGACGUGGUCGGUAAAAUUAAGCGAGAAAUCCAGAACCUCAAGUUAUUCCGUCACCCUCACAUCAUCAAACUGUACCAGGUGAUCAGCACUCCAACGGACUUCUUCAUGGUGAUGGAGUAUGUCGCCGGAGGAGAGUUAUUCGACUAUAUAUGCAAAAAUGGGCGGGUGGAGGAACCCGAAGCGCGGCGCCUGUUCCAGCAGAUCCUGUCGGCCGUGGAUUACUGCCACCGACAUAUGGUGGUUCACCGGGACCUGAAGCCUGAGAACGUCCUGCUGGAUGCACACAUGAAUGCCAAGAUUGCUGACUUCGGUCUUUCUAAUAUGAUGUCAGACGGAGAGUUUCUGCGGACCAGCUGCGGAUCCCCAAAUUAUGCCGCUCCAGAAGUCAUAUCAGGAAGAUUGUAUGCUGGCCCCGAGGUGGAUAUCUGGAGCUGCGGGGUGAUCCUGUACGCCCUCCUCUGCGGGACGCUGCCGUUCGACGACGAACACGUCCCCACCCUAUUCAAAAAAAUCAGAGGAGGAGUUUUCUACAUGCCCGAGUACCUGAACCGGUCGGUCGCUACUUUAUUAAUGCACAUGCUGCAGGUUGAUCCGCUGAAACGCGCCACUAUCAAAGACAUGAGAGAACACGAAUGGUUCAAGCAAGACCUGCCCAGCUACUUGUUCCCGGAAGACCCCAAUUACGACGCCAACGUCAUCGAUGACGAGGCGGUGAAGGAGGUGUGUGAGAAGUUUGAAUGUACGGAGUCGGAGGUGAUGAACAGCCUGUACAGCGGUGAUCCUCAGGACCAGCUCGCCGUGGCCUACCAUCUGGUCAUAGACAACCGGAGGAUAAUGAACCAAGCCAGUGAGUUCUACCUUGCCUCCAGCCCACCAACCGGCUCCUUCAUGGACGACAUGCAUAUCCCCCCCGGUGUCAAACCGCAUCCAGAGCGGAUGCCACCCCUGGUGGCGGACAGCCCCAAGGCCCGGUGCUCUCUGGAUGCCCUGAACACUACUAAACCCAAACCCCUAGCUGUGAAAAAAGCUAAGUGGCACCUGGGAAUCCGCAGCCAGAGCAGACCUCAUGAUAUCAUGGCGGAGGUCUACCGGGCGAUGAAGCAGCUGGACUUCGAAUGGAAGGUGGCGAACCCUUAUCACCUGCGAGUACGGAGGAAGAACCCUGUGACGGGGAAUUAUGUGAAGAUGAGCCUCCAGCUCUACCAGGUGGACAAUCGCAGUUAUCUUCUGGACUUCAAAAGCAUCGAUGAUGAAUUGAUGGAUCACAAGUCCGGCUCCUCCUCUCUCCAUCGCUCCUGCUCGGGGGCGGGUCUGCACCGGCCAAGGCUGAGCAUCGACUCCACCGCCUCCGACUCCCAGAGCGGAUCUCUCUACGGCUCCAUUUCUGGCUCCUUCUCAUUGGCCAGCCCGAGGAUCGGUAGCCACACCAUGGAUUUCUUUGAAAUGUGUGCCAGCCUCAUUACGGCAUUGGCGCGCUAACAAGCCACGUGAUUGGUCGCUGGAUGAUGUACGAUGCGGCGGGUCUCUUUCACCUUCGGGACAUUCCAGGCAAAUCCUCCAGACCUUCUUCCUAUCUCCGGCUCUCCUAAUGAAGUGGCUUAAAGUUCUCAUCAUAACUGAAGGAGAGGGCAGGAGAAAUGUCUGGAAUGAGUAAAAGGAAACAUAAUGGAGUGGAGUAAAGUGCAAUAGAGUAGAAUGGAAUAAAGUCAAUUAAAAUGGAGUGCAAUAGAGUAGAAUAGAAUAUACGGAAGUGCAAUAGUAAGAGUAAUAUGAGGGAGGAACAGAGAAAAUUGAAAAAGUUUGGAGUGAAUUGAAUCGAGCGGAGUGGCUUACAGUAGAGUGCAGCGCAAUAUAGUAAAAAAUAAUGCGGUGCAAUAGUUUACAAUGGAGUAGAAUAUAAUAUAAUGAAGUGCAAUAGUAAUGAGAGUAAUAUGAGGGAGGAACAGAGAAAAUUAGAAAAGUUUGGAGUGAAUUGAAUAUAGCUUACAGUAGAGUGCAGUGCAAUAUAAUAAAAAAAUAAUGCAGUGCAAUAGUUUACAAUGGAGUAGAAUAUAAUAUAAUGAAGUGCAAUAGUAAUGAGAGUAAUAUGAGGGAGGAACAGA